GGAUGCAACCGGGAGGACUUUGGCCACCAUCCCGUCUCUCCCUUCCCACCCAGGCUCAGCUCUGGCUCUGCCCACCCUGGGGGUGGCAGGAAGGGGAAACGCCUUUCUCUUGCUGGGAGGAAAAUGAAAGCGGCCGCCGCCGACUCGCAGCUUGUACCGGAGGUCCCAUGGCCGCACCGAGCCCCACCGCAGAGCUCCCCAGCGAAGCCUCCUGCCCCAUCUGCCUGGAGUAUUUCCGAGACCCCGUCUCCAUCCACUGCGGUCACAAUUUCUGCCGGGCGUGCAUCACCCGCUGCUGGGAGUGGUCCACGGCCAGUUUCUCCUGCCCGCAGUGCCGGGAGACGGCACCAGAGAGGAACCUCCGGCCCAGCCGAGAGCUGGCGCGGGUGCUGGAAGUAGCCAAGCGGUUGAGUUUGCAGGCGGCCAGAGGGGAGAUGGUGGAGGAGGAAGGAUGCGAGAGGCACCGGGAGCCUCUGAAAGUCUUCUGCAAAGACGACGGAGCCUUCAUCUGCGUGAUCUGCCGGGAGUCCCGAGCCCACCGGUCUCACACGAUGCUUCCCGUGCGGGAUGCUGUCCAGGAAUACAAGGGACAAAUCCAGGCUCAUCUGCAAGCCCUGAAGGAAGACAGAGACAAACUCCUGGGGUUUCGAGAGGCUGAAAUGAGGAGAAGCUGGGAGUAUUUGGAGAAGACCGAAGCCGAGCGGCAGAGGGUUUUCUCUAAAUUUGAAGGGUUGCGCCUCUUCCUGGAGGACCAUGCCCGUCAUCUGCUGGCUCAGCUGGGGGACCUGGAGAGGGACAUCGAGAAAACGCAGGAAGAAAACAUCACCAGCCUGACGAAGGAGAUCUCUCGCCUGGACACCUUCGUCCAGGAGAUGGAGGAGAAGUGCCAGCAACCAGCGAGCAAAUUCCUGGAGGACAUCAGAGGCACCUUGAGCAGGUUCGAAAAGGAAAACUUCCAGCAGCCCCAGUUGCUUCUCCCAGAGCUGGAAAAGAAAAUCGGUCACUUUAGGGAGAAAAAUAGUGCUCUAGAGGAGACUCUGAGGAGCUUCCAAGACAUCCUGAUGUUCGAGCUGCCUGAAAAGAUGCAGGUGACCCUGGAUCCGUCCACGGCUCACCCCCAGCUCAUCGUCUCGGAGGACGGGAGGAGCGUGAGGUGGGAAGAUGUCCAGCAGGACCCAUCUGCGGAGGGGUUCGGCACCGAUCCCUGCGUGCUGGGCUGCGAGGGCAUCACCUCGGGGAGAUGCUGCUGGGAGGUGGAGGUGACACCCAAAGGCUCCUGGGCCGUGGGGGUGGCCAGGGAGUCCCUGAAGAGGAGGGAAGAGACCGCUGGGAGCCCCGAGAUGGAGCUCUGGUCUAUGGGUCUCUGUGGGGAUCAGUUUUGGGCUCUCACCUCCCUUGAACGUAUCCCGCUGUACCAGAUCCAGGUCCCCAGAAGGGUCCGGGUGGCCCUGGACUAUGAGAAGGGUCACGUGGCAUUUUUUGAUGCUGAUAAGAGGGCCCUGAUAUUCACUUUCCCAGCAGCUUCAUUUAAAGGGGAGAGGGUUCAUCCUUGGUUCCUGGUGUGGAGCGAGGGGUCCCGGAUCACACUGUGUCCCUGAAGCUCUCCCUUCUCACCCAAACACAAGGUUUAUGUCCCCGAGAUCCCUAUUUCCAGCACUCUGGAGGAAUCCUGUCUAUUCAAGUUGGCCUUUCUGGGCUCUCUUUCCACCCUCAGCGCUGCCAAAAGGUUGAGCACUUCCAUGGGUCAGCGUCCCACACCGUCGCCCCCAAACUGGGGCGUUGGGCUGACAAAUGGAGCCACGUCUGCCCACAGCGUCCUGCACCAGCUCGACCCACCUCAGGG